AUGGCCUCCCCUCCCGGCUCGCCCGCUGCCAGCGGCAUCCAGCGGCCGGUGAGCGCCAUGUACCGCUCGAACCGGAGCUCAAGCCGCAUGAGCAUGAGCAGCCGACCGGGUGGCAGCAGGGCCUCGGACGAGGACAGCAAGACGGCUGUCAAAGUCGCUGUCCGUGUGCGCCCGCCAUUGAAGGCAAACGACCCCAGCUACGAGCUCAUCCCUCAGCGAUUCCGUGGCACCACUUGUCAGGUCACCACCCAGACCAACCUGACGGUCGAGUCCGCCCAGGGCAAAAAGCUUUUCGUCUUCGACAGAGUCUUCGGUGAAGAGGUCGACCAAGCCGGGAUAUGGGAAUACCUCAGCGACAGUGUAAAUUCGUUCGUGCAGGGCUACAAUGUCUCCAUCCUGGCAUACGGCCAGUCUGGUGCCGGAAAAUCGUACACAAUGGGCACUUCCGGUCCUAAGCAGCAGUCUGAUGCCCAGACCAUGGGUGUCGUUUCUCGUGCGGCACAGGCUCUCUUCGAGCAGCUUACCGGCUCAUCCAAACCGCAAGCACCUGCUGGUUCCGGACUUCGCGCGCCCACCCGUUAUUCUACCGUUGGCCUACCCCAGUCAAAGCCUGCGGACAAAAACUGGCAACUGAAAGCCACUUAUGUCGAAAUCUACAAUGAACAACUGCGCGAUCUUCUCGUAUCCGGUGACAUUCCUCCCGGCGAAAGAGCCCCGGUGACCAUCCGCGAAGAUACCAAGGGCAGGAUUAUUCUUACCGGUCUUCAACAAGUGAAUAUCAACUCCAUCGAUGAUCUCCUCAACGCCCUCGCCUUCGGCUCCUCCAUUCGUCAGACGGAUUCAACCGCUCAAAACGCACAGUCUUCACGUUCACAUGCUGUCUUCAGUUUGAACCUCGUGCAAAAGAAGACCAAAACAGGACCAACCCCGGGAGCCGAGAAGCGCCGAUCAGUGCCGCUGGAAGCUAUGACCGGGGAGAGUUGGGUGACUGUGGACAGCAAGCUGCAUUUCGUCGACCUUGCUGGCAGUGAAAGAUUAAAGAAUACCGGCGCAGAAGGCGCACGAGCAAGGGAAGGUAUUUCCAUCAACGCAGGGUUGGCAAGCCUGGGAAAGGUCAUCUCGCAGUUAUCUUCAAGGAACUCAGGGGCCCACGUCUCAUACCGUGAUUCCAAGCUUACCCGUCUCCUUCAAGACUCUCUGGGAGGAAAUGCCAUCACCUACAUGAUUGCUUGCGUCAACCCAGCCGAAUUCCAUCUCAGUGAGACGCUCAAUACUGUACAGUACGCGCAGCGAGCUCGUGCUAUUCAGAGCAAACCUCAGGUCCAGCAGAGCGCCGAGGAGGGUGACAAGCAAGCAAUCAUUGACCGCCUACGCGCUGAGGUACAGUUUCUUCGUGACCAAAUUAGACUUUCGGAACGUACGGACCGCACGAAGAAGGCACCCCAGGAGAAAGCCGAGAGGCAACAGGAGCGCGAAGCGGAGCUUCAGAACCAACUGCUCGACUUGCAGGAGAACUACAGUGCUCUGAGUCAACGUCAUGCUAAUUUCAUUUCGGAGUUCACCAAGGCUCGUGAUGCGGAUGCAGACACGUCUGAUGAGCUUCAUCAUGCACUUGGUGAUAGCGCAAUGGAGCGUCUAAAGCGCUCGAAUUCUUUCGCCGAUGCAGUGCAACAGGUGGUCAUGGAGUACGAGAAGACAAUCCAGAGCCUCGAGGCAUCUCUCUCCACGACGAGGUCUUCGCUUUCCCAGAACGAGAGCACUCUUUUGGAGAAGGAAACCAAGAUCGCGUACAUGGAGAGCGUCAACCAGCAACUCCAAGCGCGCGUUCAGAAGGCCACGGAUCGUGAGGCCAACAGCGAAACUUACGUCCGGGAACUGGAGGCUCGGGUCGAUGGCAUAACCACAGGCGAGGAGAAGCAAUCUUCCGUUAUUCAGGAACUCCGGAAGGAAUUGAACAGGGCCCGCGAGAACGAAGCAAGUUGCGAGGAAUACAUUUCCACUCUCGAGGAACGCCUUGCGGAAGCCGAACAAGACCACGAGCUGAUGCAAAGGGAGAUUGAACGCCUCGAGCAUGUCAUCGAAAGACAGCGUAGCAUUGGAAAGCUGGACAACUUACUCUAUGAGCUCGAUAACAUUUCCAAGGAGGAAAAGAAGAGCGAGCCCGACACCAACGGACUCUCCAAAGAGGAGGAAGAUGUUCUCCAGGGCUCGGAUGCUAAAGUCAAUGGGCAAAAGCAACCCGAUGCCGAAAGCGAUGAAAAGCGCUCUGUCCCUGAAACCGAUGCAGGCGCGGAAGUCGUUGAAAGCUCAGGAAACAAAAUCCUGCAGACAACCAUCAACCUUCCCCCUCCCAAGCCUGAGGACAUGCCUCAAAGCCCUGAGCAGUCUCGGUUUGUCGCAGACAAGCUUGAUACUGUCACCCAGGAGCUCUUUGACCUCCGUAUGGAGCAUGAGACGACCGUUCAUGAUUUUGAUGACCUUCAAAGGAAAUAUCAAGUGGCGUUGAACACCUUGUCUGAACUUCAGGAUGCUGUAGACGAAGCGCGCCACGCAAAGCGCGCUUCACCUUCUUCUUCUUCUAGGCCGGAUUCUUUUUUAGCGGACGCGGGGGUGAAUGUGAUCGGAGAGAUCAAAGAGGAUGGACAACCUUCAUCCUCGCGUACCUUAUCAUCGGAAUUGUCCUUGCUUGGGGAGUCAGCGAAUACGAGAGACUCCUUCGCUACGUCAACAGAGGCAUCUGAUGCUGAGACAGCUCUUAAGGAGCCAGAGGUUGCGCAGGCUCAAGAUGCGCAGCACGAGGAAACUCUGGCACGGGAGAUGGAUAAGCUGAAGAGGUUACACGAAGAAAAAGAAGAAGAGCUGAUGCAACGCUACGCACAGCUGCAGAAGGAUCACCAGGAUACCCUGGCUUAUGUGGAGGAGUUAAAGACAGACGCGCAAAAGGCCGUUUCACCCUCAACCCCUCACAUCAUCCGGCGAAAGUCCAGUCAAAACAUGCUGAACGUUGAUCGCGCAAAUCGUUCUUUCACGGCACUGCGCAACAUCGCACUAGACCAUUUCGAGGACUACCCAGAUACCAUCCAGGGAUUUGAGGUGAACCUGAACACCAUCAUGACGGAAUUGCAUUCCCGGACGGAGCGUGUUGCGGCGCUGGAGGCUGAUAUGGCUCAGGUUCGCAAGGAGAUGGAAGGCAAGAUGACAAUCAUUUCUGGACUUACGAGGGAGCGGUCGAGCUUGAAGUCUUCCCCUCUAGACAUAUCGGUGGUUUCGCAGAUGCGCGACCAGCUUAUGGAGAGCGAGACCCAGAUCAAACAACUGCAGGAGUCUCAUGCCAACCGCGAAAGGGAACUCAUUGAGCAGAUUGACAGCCUCAGGAUCGCUCUUGGGGCCCCUCCCUCUCCUUCUCUCAGGGUGGGCGAAUCUGCAGAUCACGAACAAAUGCCUGGAGAGUUCCCUGAGACGCCUACGCCUGGCCUUGGUGCUUCCAAGGAACUAGGCAAUGACCUGGCUCCUGGCGAUGGCAACCAGCCACAAAUCUCUGUACUCCAGAAGGAAGUCGCCCAUUGGCAAGCCAAGCACGAGUCUACCAUGUCCGUCAUGCGGGCAUCCGAACACCAGCUCCAAUCAACGAUCAAGGACCUGGAGAUGUCCUUGCGCAGUGCAGAGGCCCUGCAAGCUGAGCGCACAGCAUUUAGUGACGAGCCUAACGCGGAAAUUGAGGAAUUGCGGCGCGAAAUCGACGAGCACAAGGCUACCGCCGCCGCCAACAAUGCCAGGCUCUCUGAGCUCGAGCACAUGCAUGCAAACAUCCUUCGUCAGGUCGAGGAGGACAGCAAAGCUAGAGAGCUCACUGAAAGAGAGCUGCAAACGCACCGUGAUUUGGUCUCCAACCUUGAAAGACAGCUUGAGGAACACAAGGCCGCUGUUACUAUGCACCAGCAAGGGCUGGAAACGCUCCGCGAAACGCACGAAGAAGAGAUCGGGAGAGCAAACGAGCUACUUGCAGCCCACGUGGAGGAGCACAAGCUUUCCACUGCAGCCCUCCAGGAUGAACUGGCCAGGGCUCGUAGUGAGCAGCACGGUGGAGCGGCAGCUAUCCAAGCCGAGCUUGACAAAUCCCGGGGCGAGAUGGUCUCGCUUAUCCAAGGUAUCUCAGCUGCUUUGCAGGAGGACACCGACGCCUCCAGGGUCCAAUCUCAAAUCGAGACACUUGUCAAUGAGCGUAGGGGCUUGCUCGAGAAGUACAACGCUGCUUCUGCUGAGCUGGCUGCUACUAAGGAAGAACUCCAGCAGGCCAAGCAUGCUGCUGCGGACCUUGAGGGCAAGGUCGGCGAGCUGAAGAUGAUCAACGAGGAGACUCUGAUGGAGAUCGAGAGAAUUAGUGACAAGGAGAAGAAGAGCUCUCGCCUCGUGGAAGAGCUCGAAGACCAGCUCAACUCGAACUACGAUCAGCAUCAAGCGGCUAACAACAGGCUUUCCGCUCUGCAGACCGAGCGUCAAGUCCAGCUCGAGGAGGCUCUCCAAGCUAGAAGCGAGGCUGAGCGGGAAUUGCAAGAGUCGCGGUCCAAGGUCGCUGAUCUCGAGACGCAGCUCAAUGGCACAAGGAGGGCCUCGCACCGCGAGUCACUCGACCCUCGUGAUGCUGACCUCCGCAAGAGCUCGUCUCACACCACGCUCCCUUCGCCGCCUCCGGCGAUUCCCCUUCCGCCCCUGCCUGGAAGCCCACUGGCGUCUACCUCCGGGCCGCCCCCCUCCUCUCCUCCGGCCUCUCGUCAAAGCAAGGACAUUGCGCAGUCGCAGCUCGCCGAGGACCAAGAGGCCCGCAUCCGAACGAUCGAGAAGCAUCUCUUCGCCGAGAAGCAGCUUACUGCCACCCUCGAGGAGGCGCUCACGGAUCUUGAAGCGUCGUCCACCAAGGUCAAGAACGAGAUGGAUGGAUGGAAGAAGAAGUGCAAUGCUCUCGAGCAAGAGUUGGAGGCGAUGAAGCAGGAGCGUGCUGCGCAGCGCUACAGCCUGCAGCAGGUGGAGGAGGAGCGCAACGCGCGCAUGCGUGUUGAGGCGGAGCGCGCGCACCUUGAGGCUCGCAUGGCGGCGCUCAACCAGAGCAGCAAGAAGAAGAAGAAGAGCGCGCUCUGUUUCUAA